GAAGCAGUUGUUACAGCAAGAGAAGGAACUCGAAGUUCAUGCAAACCGUUGGACACCUAACCGAAAUUAUAGCAGAAGAAAACCUUCUGACUGCUCGGAACCAUCAUUAUCGCCUCAAUAUUCUGAUCUAGGCUCUUAUGACACGUCCGUAUGUGAUUGAAGUCAUGCAGCUCUCACUUGUUUUCAAGACGCUCUUUUCCUUUAUCGCCAUCGCGGCAGCAUAUCCCACGCCAUCGGUGAUGAAACUUUCUUCUAUGGCUAAGCGUUCGGGGGGGCUUGGCUCUAACCUCGUUGGUUAUUUGGACACUAGGUCCCCCAAUGAUCUUAGUCAACCUAGCGUGCCCGCCGGUCCUCCCAAUAACGACGUUAACUACGUGAACACUCGGGCCCCCAACGACCUUCAUCACUCCAGCAAUCCUUCCACCACUCCUUCCACCACUCCUUCCACCAUUCCCUCCACCAGUUCUAACGACAAAAGUCACUCCAGCAACUCUGCUAAUAGCGACGCUGAAUACUUAAACACUCGGGCUCCCGGCGACGAUGAUAGUCACUCCAGCAAUUCUGCCAAUGAUGACGCCAAGCAAUUGAGCGUUCGGGCCCCGGACGAUACCACUAGUCAUGACAGCAAUUCUGCUAGUGAUGACGCCAAGUACUUGAGCGUUCGGAACCCCGACGAUACCACUAGUCAUGACAGCAAUUCUGCUAGUGAUGACGCCAAGUACUUGAGCGUUCGGACCCCCGACGAUAGCAGUAGUCACUCUAGCAAUUCUGCCAACGACAACGCUGAGUACUUGAGCGUCCGGGCCCCCGACGUCAGUAACGUCAGCAGUACUUCUAAUACUGCUAACUCUUCCAAUGGCAAUGGCGAUCAGAGCGAUGGCGAUGAAGAUUAA